AUGUCGUUUCUGGACAAAUUCCGCACCGCCGCUCAGAAGGCAGGUGUGCAAGCCAAUGCUUUCGCACAGCAAACUGGACGGGCCAUCAACGAGCAGGCUGCUACCGCUCGCGCUGGGUUCUCACUGCCCAAGGAAUGCGAUCGGGCCGCCACUAUCUUGCAAGCAUUUUUGGCUGACCCGGACCACCCAGACUCGGCUCUCAACUCGAUUCCGAAGGCGGUGCUCCAGCAGGCGAAAGGUUUGGCUGUGUUCAGCGUUAUCAAAGCCGGCUUCGUAUGGUCGGGUAAGAUCGGCAGCGGCGUCGUGAUCGCCCGUUUGCCUGACGGCAGCUGGUCCGCACCCAGCUGCAUCGGCACGGGCUCCGUCGGCUUGGGCCUGCAAAUCGGCGCCGACCUCACCGAGUUCGUCGUCGUCCUCAACAGCGAGGAUGCCGUCAAAGCCUUUGCGCACGCCGGAAACCUCACGAUCGGAGGCAGCCUCUCCGCCGCCGCCGGCCCUAUUGGAACUGGAGGUGCCAUCAACGCUGCCAUCCGCGACCCCGCCCCGCUGUUCACCUACUCGCGCUCCAAGGGUUUGUUCGCCGGUAUCUCGCUCGAGGGCACAGUGCUCGUCGAACGCAAAGAGACCAACAAGGAUUUCUACGGUCAACCGAUCCCAGCGGUGGAUUUGCUGACGGGCAAGGUGCCUGCGCCCGAGGCGGCGAGUGCCAUGUACGAAGUCGUCGAGGCCGCAGAGUUGAUCGACGAAAGCGGCAUCCCGCAGCAGUCGUAUGUGCCGCACGGUCAGCCAGGACACGGUGCGCCCGUGGCUGGGUACGAUCUGUCCGCUGAGCACAACGCCGCUACUUCGGCAGCCGGCUCGACCACGACGCUGGCUGGCUCAACGACGUCCUCUACCCCAGCAGCACCCGCAGCAGCCGCGGGAACGACCGACGCCAACAAGCCAAUCUUUGAUGCCGAAAAGCAUUAA